AUGGAACUGUACAAUAUUGUGACGCCAACACCCCGGAAAGCCGAACCUAUAGCGCGAACGAGGUUUAGGGACAUGAAAACCAGUCGGUCUAACUCUGGAACGGAUUUAACCAGGUCCAAGAAGGCAAAAACUCAAGCAAGCGGAGCACAAUUGACCAACCCGUCGUUUCUUGAGAGGCGACCCAGAUCAGCAACGCCACUGAAUCAUGGGAAGCUAGGGGCGACAGAAGAAACAGACACGGGGAGAGAAGCAGCCAAAGCUCGUUUAAAACAUUACAAUCUGGAUUACUUAGAGGAUAGAGAAGAGCAUUUCAGACAGAUCUACGAUGUGCGGUCCCGGUGGUUCUGCAGAGACGUCAAACCGGACUUCGUGGUAGAGGAUUGUCUCCCUUAUCGCGUGGAAACGCACACAGAGCAGGCCAAGUAUUUAUGCCACAUUUUGGUGAACCUGUACGUUGCAGUCAGCUCGCUGGACAUUCAGGGCCUCGUGUCAAUCUCCAUGAAGGAUCUUGGGGAUCUCAAGUCCGAAAUUGACGAGCUGGUCAUGAGCACCGACAUGUUCCGGCUUUCGAGCGACGAGAACGACGACGGUGCAUUCAACGACAUCCACAACUUCGACGAGGACGAGGACGACGAAUUCGAUGAAAUGGUCGACGUCGACGGUCUCAGUUUCAGCGCCACCGGUCGAAUCACGGCCAAGUCCACUACGAUUAUCAACGUCAACCACUGGGCAAACGAACUCAAAAACUGUCUGCAUUUCGAGUUCCCGGUCAGGCUUAGGAAGAGCCUUGCAUUAGUUUUUUAUACCCUUUCGUUGGUGCAAGGUCAGAAAGUAUACCGGCCAAUGUACGUGGAUCUGUUCGAAGCUCUUGUAAGCACGGACGACGAAGGCACUAACUUCACAGAACUGCUCCUGGACGCGGGACUGAGACUCGACUAUAAACCGAUGAAAGGGUUUUUGGAUGAGUUUUUGCCAUCUCCUGACGCCGAAUACACUCGCUUCGACGUGUCAACCAAAGCCGAUAAUCAGCUCUUUAGACUGCUGCUUAAGCUCAGCCACAUCGCCAAGCCGUUUUACGGUCAUGACGACAACAGCAUUCUUAAAAAAACUAUGGAUCAUUUCAUCUCCAGUCUAUCACCGCUGACUGCGUACAGCGUAUUUCCUAUCAUCACGUCUUUUGUUCCCUAUCAUUAUCAAGAAGAUGCUAAAAUUACAGACUACUUCCCAUUCUUGUUUACCUUAUGGACAACAACUACGCCCUCCGUUGGCUUUGACACUCAUCUUUACGAUUUUGUUGGAUGCAUUGCGGAAGAUGCUCAUUCAAAACUUUUGCGGCAAGAGAGCCCGAGAUUAGAACGCCUCAGCAAUGUCUCCUUUGAGAAAUUUGGACUUUUGACAGAAGACCAGAUCAAUUUCAUUUUCAAUAGAAUUCAAAACCACCUCAGAAACGACUUCCAAAUUGUUUCCUUUAGUCGAACUGUUAGGCCUCUCAUUUACUGCAUCAACGGGUCCAACAGUGGAAGCUUUUUUGACAAGCUACGAGGCCUCGUCAAAUCGCUCGAAACUUUUGCACAUCCUUCCAAUACAGGACCGUGGACCAAAGUGAUUGCUAAGUUUGUUCAUGGGUUCAUAAAAAUGUACCAUCGGAGGGUCAAAUUUGAAGAAAAUUCACAGAGUAAAUUUAAAUCCCAUCUAAAGCUAAACCAAAGCUGUCACACUAAGCUCGUGGAUACUUUUUACAAUGUUAUAUUCCUGGGUGCUCAAAACAAAAAUUCUGACAUGACAAAUUACUACAUUUCAUGUCUGGCUUACAUGCUGGAUAUUGAUUGUCAGAACAAGAAAAUUCUGUUCAACAGAGUCCUAUUAGAUCUUUACGAUUCUUUGGCUGAUUUAUACAUUCACUCAGCACACCGCCUAAUUUCUUCACUGAAACAGUUCACCAAGGCCGCUAGGUUUAUGAUUCAGGACCCCUUAUUCCGCGUACACAUUACGAAUCUACUUUCCAUGCUUGUCGCGAAGCUAGAAUUUAACGAUUUGGCUCUCACUAGUAAUAUAAUGAACUGCAUCGUUUCGAUUUCGUCCUUCAUUCCUUUAGAGAACUUCGUGAAAGAGGGAGAGUACUUGAGUUUCGAGUCACACACCUUGCCCUUUAUUGAGGAGCACGUCUAUUCUUUAAAGGAUGACAAUUCGUCGUCAGACUUCCCUUACGAUGGGGAUGCCCUAAGUGCCGCCUUCCGAGCUUCAACUACCGUGUUCGAGAACAUUAUUAGUGUUUACCUCAAGAAAGUAUUCCAGCUUGUCGAUUGCGACUUAGAGGAGGGAUUUAUUAGCAAAAUAAACCAGACAUCAAUGAUUAUGAUAGAAUCGAUGUCAGACCCCAUGUUUCAGUAUUUUGUUGAUGUGCUCGAAAGACUAUUUUGGGAAAAUGACUACUUCAAGGAGAGAGAGCCCAAUUAUGAACUGAUAACUAUUCCGCUGGGUGCAGCCAUCAGAAGAGAUGCAAAACUAGGCCAAAGAAUGUUUUUCAAUUUGACGUUUAACAUUAAAGACCAAAUAAGAAAGGGUGCAGGAUCUAUACGAAGCUCUUCUGAAAUUCAACAUCGCGAUGUCAAAUUACUCACUUACCUUACCGCCCUAAGUGAUAUAGUGAGGCAGUCGCGGUCAUCCAUGCUCGACUACAAGGAAGAGCUCAAAGACUUGUUAUUUCACAUUUUCGAUAGUAUAUCCAACCCUCCUCUUGACGUCCACACCUCUUUGGUCCUACACAAUGUUUUGAAAAGUCUUACUUCGACCGAGGUAGUAGAUUUCAGGCUUUUUCAGAAUAAUUGUAACAUUUCAGAUGAUGAGAAGUGGGGCGGGCUUCAGUUCGACGAAAGAAGAUUCUCAAAGGAGAAUACCACUUUCGAGUGGCACGUUCCGACUGUGCAAGAAGUCGAGUUCGCCGCCGAAUUGCUUGAAGAGUUCACCGAUUACUGCUCUAAAAAAAUCAGCGAGAUGAUGAGGUUCCCUGAAAAAGACUCAGCUUACAGUGACAAGCUGAAGAAAUACAUCUUAAUCAUUACGCACACCCUUUCGGGUUCCAGCUUAUUGUUUGACGCCGAUUACAACAAGCACAGAACUGAGCUUCGUCCAGUAGACUCCUACAAAAACAAGCUUCUGCUGUUAAAGAGCAUAAGGGACAAAAGGUGUGAUUCUGAGGAGCCUGAUGCCGAACAAGUCAAAAGCGACUCUGGUGCCGAUUCCGAAGCAGAUGCGUCUGUUGAACUUUUCGAAGAUGCUCUGGAUGAAAUACAUAUCAAUGAUAGCCGCGGAGGCGCCAAUACAGAUGACUUUCUUUUCAACAAGGAUUCAUCAUCGAAUUUGCCGUCAGGUAUUGCUACUCCCGAGCCGGGACUUCAGCAUAGCGCCCAUACUACCGGAUUAGGUAUGAGCGGAACUUUUGCGUUCAGGGACCUGGACAUAUUCAGUUGCAACUACUUUUUUGGUUUCGAUCCGCAUAAAAGAAUGAUGAACCCAACAUAUCUAAAAAUCCAAUCCAUCCGCUCCAAAAUCGGGUCCUUAUUUCACAGUUUAUUCAAGUUCUUUUCUCAAAAUUUUGAAGACAACACAAUUCUCUUCAAAAUUUUGCUACAUGGCAUUAAAGUUUGGUUUGCUGACGUUGGACAAGAGACCUUAUUCAAGGAUGAACCAACUUCAAUUUUGGAUAUGGACUUCUUGGAGAACAUCCAGAACUUGUCCCACCUGUAUGAGCCUUACACGAGAACCUGUCUCGCUUCUAAAGCACAUACUCUACACGAGGCAAGAGUUCUUCUCCAUUCAGCCAAUAGGACGCCAUCGAAGUUGGAAAAGGUUCUUCUUCGGGACAUUUUGAAACUCUCCAUGUCUUUGUAUCCGAACAUUUUCAAGCCAGCUCAGGGUUGUAUGGUUUUAGCAAUGAAGCAACUGAUGGGCUCCUAUCCCAUUGUGAUGAAACACGUACUGAGCGCAUUUCAAGUUGCAUUGGAUGAGGGGGAGCACAAGAAGAUUGAAGUCAUAUUGGAGCUGCUUAUGAUCAAGAAAAUACAUCGAAAGAUCAUGUCCGAUUACGUCAACCUUGGACAGGUUCUGGAUCUGUUGUUCAAGGCUUGUCGCAUAACGGAUUUCAAUGUGUCCAAAUACGCUGAAAAAAUAAUGACCGACAUUUCAAUCUGUCUCAAAGUGCCCUCAAGCGUUUGCUUAAUAGAUAAGCCUGCGAUCGAAGAGCUAAAACCUGCGGAUGCAUCGAUAUUACCACAGGUUUUGGCAGUGCAGAAAGCCAAGGACUCAAAGCGUCGAUUCUAUAUCUCACUCCUCGAAAAGCUUCAAGAUUUUCUGAUAGGUCUUUUGGAAUCGGAAGACGAUAUAGGAUGGAAAGUGUCCACUGUCAUUAUGAAGUUGACGUCAAAAUUACAGUCCAGCCUUGAGCUAACAACUAGCAAAGAAGUGCUUCCUGUCAUUCUGAAGCUGACCAGAAAGAAACACCCCAGCAUGGUCCAUCUCGCCAUAAAGAGCUUCCUGAACAUCUGCAACAAAAUCACAGCGCUUGGAGACUGCGACUACGACCUAAAAAAUGCCUUUGAUUUUGAUUUUUUGAAGAACAAUCUGCAAACUAUCGACACAAACACAAACGGUUUUGGUGAGGAAUUCAGUCGCGAAAUGCAAAACUUUGAGCGUUCCAAUUUUUACAUCGAUUCUAAGGCGUACGUUGGGUAUGUUGCGUGGGGGAGGCGCUUAAAAGUCAUAAAGAGCUCUUGUGAUGGUUUAUUUAAUUUGAAGACAAGCGAAAUGAAUUGUCUGAAGGAGUUUGGUCAGUACAUGACCAAAGAUUGGGUGCACGAAAUAUGCCAAAUUCUCAUUCAAGAUAACGAAGGAAAAGGUAUCUUUAGCAGCUCGAAUAUCGAGUUUUUUGGUCUUCUCGUCGCGUUAAACACCAAUAAUUGCACGAAGAUCUGCUACGAAGAUAUGCUUGAUCUGUGCGAAUCUCUUUAUGAUAAAAGCGACAAGUCUUCAAUGAUAAUGUCAGUUGAGAUUAUGGCAGGUUUGAUUGUAGCUUCAAAAAUGACAUCACAAGAAAAUUUUGAAAAAAGGGACAAGUUUCUGGCAGAAUUCCUGGAUACGUGUCUUGAUCAUGAAUUGAACCAAGAUGCUGUGGAUAUAUGGUCCAUUCUGUGCUGGUGGCUGCCAACAUCGGUAGAUCUCAGGAGAUGUGUGCCAUUAUACAAGAAGCUAUUCGAAGUAAAAGAUGUUUUGGAUACCAGUUCCGACUCAUCUGCAGACCAGGCUUCGAAGAUUUCGUUAUUGAGGAACUUAUUAUUGAGCCUUGACUUUAGGACCCCUCAUGCCGAUCAAGUUUUGUCUUCGUUAAUCAUGGAUCAUCCCUACGAUCAAGUGCGCCAGGCAAUUUCCAAAUUACUAUCGACAUUGUUGCAAAGUCAACUCAGUCCUUCUUUCCAAUCUGUUCAUGAACUUAUUGAGUAUACGUCAAAUGAAGGCGGCUUGGGCCGAAUCAUAAGAAAAAUCCCUACCCAUUUUGACCAGAAACUUAAAGAUGCUUUCAUAGCAAUAGAGAGCGAAAGACAGAAAGUUGUCGAUUUGCCGGCGCAUGAAAUACUUAAAACCAGGUACUAUUAUAUGGCAGCCACGAUGCUGAACUGGGUAAUGGAUUUGAUGAAGGGACAGAACAGCGUGGUGUUGGUUCUCUAUCUGGAGCACUAUUUAGCUCCUUUCCUGAUGCAUCUAAUUCGAAUGAAAGAUGUUUGCAUUUUGGCAAAUUUGGAGCCCACAGCUUGCUAUGUGGCAAUAUCAUUUUGGUCGCUUCGCAAAGAGUACAUUUCCAUUUUUAUGCGACUCAUCGAAAGCAUGGAUUUGAAAACCUCCCACGAGCUGCGAGUGCAGCUGGUUUUCGUCGAAAACUUCUAUUCGAAAAACAUGCUGCAGCUCUCAGAAGAGGAGAAGGAAUCGGUGCUGCGGUUUGUGGUGAGGCACAUCUACAAUGAGAGUUUUGUGGAGGUUCGUUUGCGGGCCGCGGAAGCUCUGUCUGGUAUCAUUCACACGCUAAGCGAUGCCGAAAAACCUGCAGAGUUGAUGGCUCAAUUUGCCCGCGGACUGGGUUCGCAUUCAUCAGCUGAGAAAAAGGCAUUGUCCAAGACAGACACAAAGAUACACAGCUCUGUGAUCGGGCUCGGCGCCGUGAUUUCUGCAUUCCCAUAUGCGUUCCCGCUGCCCAAAUGGAUCCCGCCCCAGUUGAGUGGACUUUCUUCUUGGGCUCGAACCGGUGGGAUGUCUGGUGCCGCAGCAAAAGAGAUUAUAAGUGAUUUCAAGAAAGUACGGGCCGAUACAUGGCAUCUUGACAGAGCGUCUUUCACUCCCGAGGAGCUCGAAGAUCUCGAGGGUGUGUUAUGGAGAAGUUACUACGCGUGA